AUGGUGAUAAUUGUGCUGCGCAUGAAGGCUGAGCUCGAGAACGUCGAGAGCAUCGAGAUCCCUGCGGACCACACUUGGGUCCUCGAUGUGAAACAGGCUACCGGCGAAGACGUGCGCGAGCGCGUCACCCUCUCUGCGGCGGAAACCCUAGAGAUCCCCAACAGCAGAGGCACUGCGAACUUCCUCGUGCGCUGGAACGGCAGCAAGAGUGUGUCGACCAUCAACAUCCAAGACGUGAAGAACGUGACGCGCCGUACGUACACUGCGGAGGACAGCGGCAAGUUCGUCCCUGUCGUUGCCUUCGAGUGUCGCGGCGCGGAGCCCAUCAAAUGGCAUCCUGCGGACGGAUACACCGUCCGCAGCAAGAAAGCGACCUUCAAGGAUGUUGACCUCUCUGAGGACUGGGUUGACUACGACCAAGACGCGAAUCUGUCUGUCGGUAUCUACAACGUCGAGUACGAGUUCCAAGUGAGCCGAUGA